CCAAACGGACGCGCUUCUCUUCGGCGUUAUAACAGACAAAGAACCUCUCUUUUUCCCUCCCAAAAAACAGAAUCUCCCCUCUCGAAAGCGGAAUCGCUCUCUGCACCGCCACUGCGACGGCGACGGCGACGGCGACGACGACGGCGACGUUUCAGUGUUGUGCCCUCGUUCCAGAACCGGAGAGCGAAGACAAAAUGGCGACACAAGAUGAUCGAGCUCAAGCACCGGAAAAGCAGCGACCGCAAUCGCCGUCGAAACGAGAACGUCCGCCGCCGCAACUGGCCUCGCUGUACGUCGGCGACCUCCACCCGGAGGUCGGCGAGGCCGACCUCGUCGCGGCGUUCUCGGAGAUGGGGGACGUCGCCUCCGUGCGCGUCUGCCGGGACGCGGUCUCCGGCAGGUCCCUCUGUUAUGGCUACGUCAACUUCUUCUCUCGCUUCCUCGCAUCUAAGGCCUUGGCUUGUCUUAAUUACUCAAAGCUGAAAGGAAAGCCCAUGAGAAUAAUGUGGUGUCAAAGAGACCCUUCUCGAAGGAAGGCUGGAAAUGCAAAUCUCUUUGUCAAGAACCUUAACCCUUCAAUUAGCAGUGCACGCUUGCAAAGCAUUUUCUGCCAAUAUGGUAGCAUACUCUCUUGCAAAGUUGCUGAAGACAAUGGAUUAAGCAAGGGAUUUGGUUUUGUUCAGUUUGAAUCUGAGGAAUCAGCCAUGAAUGCUCUUAGAGCCCUCCAUGAUACCAUGCUUGAGGGGAAGAAGAUAUAUGUUUCCAAAUUUGUCAAGAAAAGUGAGAGAACGUCAUUUAGUGAAGAGCCUGAAUUUACGAAUUUAUACGUGAAAAAUCUGGAGGAAGAUAUUACCGUGGAUCAUCUCCGAGACAAGUUCUCAGAAUAUGGGAAGGUUUCCAAUGUUGUAAUAAUGAAGGACAUUGAUGGAAAAUCAAGGGGAUUUGGCUUUGUCAACUUUGAAUCACCACAAGCAGCAAAGAAAGCUGUGGAGGUCGUGAACGGCUCAAUAAUGGGGUCGAAAAUUAUGUUUGUUGGAAGGGCUCAAAAGAAAGCUGAACGGGAACAGUUUUUAAAAGAUGCUCACCAGGUGGUGUGCAGCAGUCGGCUUCAGAAGAAUGCUUGCAAUUUGUAUGUGAAGAAUCUUGAUUUAUCCAUUGAUGACAGCAAACUCCAGGAAUACUUUAGUGGCUUUGGGACAGUAACUUCUGCAAAAGUGAUGCAUGAGGACAAUGGAUUGAGCAAGGGAUUUGGUUUUGUUUGUUUCUCCAACAGUGAAGAAGCAAAAAGAGCACUGAAUACACUGAAUGGGAUCAUCUUCAGAGGAAAACCUCUCUAUGUGGCAAUUGCUCAGCAGAAAGAUGAUCGUUCCAGAAAUUUACAAGAGUAUCGCUCCCAGAUUCAACCUCAAUCUUGGCAUCAUUCUUACUCUAAUGCCCUUCCAGGCCAACACUAUGCACCCCCUUACAACAUCCCUCUUCUUCAUCUUCCAUACACUUUACUGUCCCAAUCAAUUCACCGUCAGUAUGUUGGAGCCAAUGCUGGCCUUCCUUAUGCAACAGAAAGUUACAGAGAAUAUCAUUCCACAUCUGUUCCUGGGAGGUAUGAACAAACAAAGGAGGAGGGUAACUCCAAGAAUUGGGUCUAUGGACAUCAUUCAACGAAAUAUUCCACCUCUGGCUUGCACGGGCAAGAUCAGAAAUUUUGCAAGCCCAGGGUUUCUGGACUAGGCAUCAGGAAGAGGGGCAACAAGAAAUUUCUUCCUGCAGAAAACACCACCGACAGGACUAGAAGUCUACCUGCUCCGUCAUCCCAAGGGACGUGUACUACUACUCUUGGGAACUUUCUUUAUCCACUCGUUGGGAAUAUUCAGCCUGAGCAUGCUGCAAAGAUAACUGGGAUGCUGUCGGAAAUGAAUGAUUCUGAUGUUCAGAAGCUGAUCAGCUCUCCGAAUUUCUUGUCUACUCAGGUUAACAAAGCAGAUCAAGUGCUCAGGGAGGCAAAUACUAGGACCAUUGCAAGUGGUGGCAUGGCCUUGCCCAAAUCGGCUCGCUGCUUAAACUACUGAAUGAGAGACAUUACGCUUUUGAUCGUUUGCUUGUUCUUAGCCCUAUGUUUAGCAAAACUUUCAGCUUCUAGUGCUGCUUGAGCUUACUUCCUUUCAUUUCCUUUCUUGAAUUUAGUAUGUGUUACUGACGAAUAGAUUGUAGGCACAUCGUUGCCACAGGUAUUGUGUCUUUUUGCCAUUUUGAUACUAA